AUGUCCAUACACCUCACCAGGAAAGAGAAGGCUCCAGUCAUGAGGUCCCAGCCGCCGCGAUUCAGGACACGCCGAAUUGGGCGAGAACCCUCUGAGGAUGUAGUUCGGAGCAAGCGCCGGCGAGGUGCUCCCAGCCGCCGCGAUUUAGGCAACGCCAAAUUGGGCGGGAGCCCUCUGAGGAUGUACUACGGAGCAAGCGCCGGCGAGGUGAUCCCAGCCGCGCUGAAUAGUGUCAUUCUGAAUUAG